ACGGAACCGCUCACAUAGCAGCACCGCGGUACCGAAACCACAGGCAGGGAUAUUUCGGUGUUUCUCCUGCCUCAGUCAGUCAGUCAGCACCAUGCUUUCUCCCUCUGUAGUUGUUGGUUUGGGCGUGAAAGUUUCGACUGACUUUUUAUUAUUAGAUACCGGAGUUUAUGAGGAGUUCAGCGCGUGCGUUCGUUGUUGUGACGCAAAUUUAAACCGUUAGCAACAGCCGACUGGUGCACGCGAACGACAGUUUAAUUUUUAAAUCUGCGAGCGUUAAACUUUUCCACCUAAAAUGGCGAAAAUGCGAGGUUAAUCCCCGGACUGAAGACGUUUUUUCACCGCAGGAGAGGAAAUGGAUCAACCAGAGGUACUGCACUGCUUCUAAGCAAGAAUUCUGUUAACAUUACCCCGAAUUUAGUCAGUUACAUGUAAAAAAUCGCGAGAUGUGGCGUUGAUUGAGGUCUACUAGUGUUAGAAAUAACCCUCAGGCCACUCUUUCCCCAUUUUGCCAUCUCUUAUAACAUCGACUUUGAAGCUUUAAUGCAUCAAUUGAAGCAAAUACUGCUGCUGAUCUAAAACUUAGUUACCCCAGCGAUUAUUUUGUCAUUACAUUGAGUUAUCGGACUAAAAAAGGAAGCAACUGGACAAAAACAUGCCAGUGAUUUCAGCUGUCUCUGGUUAAACAGCUGUUGCUCUCAGAGUGGAUUAGUUUGGGACACAGCUAGUUCAUACUUCAGGGUACAGACUCUGUCACAGAGAGUAUUAACUGAUACAAACAUUUUGACAUCCUUCUUGAAAUGUUGAGAUGAAUUGUCAAUCUUAAAGGGACGUGGUUGUUUGGGGACUUUGCUAUGGAAGUAAAUCUGUGCCAUCUGAUUUUGAAUUUGAAUUUCUUAAGCUGAACUUUUUUGCAUUAAAAUCAGACUUUGAAGUUCGAAACUAUUGAAUUUCAAGCAUGCAUUUUUUAUUUCUGACACUUAUUUUAUCACAAUGAUGAAUUAAAACAACCACAACUGAACAAACUGCUGUACAUAAAUUGACAAAACAACACAGACAUAAAAAAACAAUCAAAAACAAUUAAAACAAUGGAUAAAAUAAAAGCAGAUGUGAAAAAAGUAAAAUGAAGUUUCAAUGUUUUUAAAAACAAUAGAAACAAAUAACUAAAAACAAACCAUAAAACGCUAAAACAGGAGCUGAGUCUCAUGCAGGGUUGAAAGCCAAUUGGUUUUAAGAGGAGUUUUAAAAUUGGACAGUGUGGGAGUCUCUCAAAUGAUUUGUUUGGUAAAGAUUCAACUUAAAAAAAUUCAACAUCAAAAAAAAAAAUCAAUGUAAAAAGAUUUCACUGCCAAAAAAUUUAGUGUAAAAAAGACUGACUCAACAUCCGGGUAAUCAGGGAGAAGCAAUCGAUUGCUGGAAUAUUUUAAGAGACCGUUUUUUUUUUUUUUUUUACACUGAAUUUCUUUCAUCAUUAUGAAAAAAUAAUUGUGUAAGAAAUAUAAAUGCAUGUAUGAAAUUCGAUGGUUUAGAAAUUCAAAGUCUGAUUUUGCUGCAAAAAAAAAAUCAGCUUUAGAAGUUUAAAUUUAAAAUCAGAUGGCACAGAUUUACUUCCAUACUUUUCCAACUGUUUUUGCCUAAACUUAAAUCUUGGUAGGAUUUAAAUAUCACGAUCAUACUAAUAAGAUUACCUGUUUGCAUUCAGAUAAGUGAGGAUUUAAUGCCUUUUUUGUUUGUAUUAGACAGUUGGUUGUUAGUGAUUGUGUCCAUAUGUCAUUCUCUGCUGGAGGAGCUGCAGCAGAUUGCCAAAUGGCUAAGCGAGGAGGGACUUUCUCCAGGCUCCCCCAAGGAGGCUCAGCUGUGUUUGCUGUGGCGUGCCCUCCAGCGUACAAGCAGUCGCCUGAGUAGAGUAACAUGGGAUCUGGAGAAGCAGUGUUCACAGCACUCAGCAGAGUUGGCAGAAGUAAGUCAUGGUACCAGAUUUGUUAAAAAAAAGACCCACAAUAAGGUUGACAACUCGAAUAACUGACCGUCUUUCUGUCUUUAAGGUUCGAAAGUCUUUGGAGCAGAUCAGGAUCUUUACAGAGCACAAAGAUGUGUUGGCUCAGGAGAUAGAAAAUGAAAAUGAUCAGCUCAAGGACCAGCUGCAGCGUCUAAUAUCCCUCCAAGGUUGUAAAGGUUAAUCUGUACAUCACAUUAAAAAUGGAAUAAUCCAAAAAGCAAAAUCAGGAUCUAUGACACCAAAACUUCUGCAUUAUCCAGUAAUAUCAGCCUUUGAAACUGCAGCACUGUAUUUUUCAUAAUUGAAAGAGUGUUGAAGGAUAAAAACUGAGUGGAUAAUUUUGAAGACGUACUUAAUCUCAACGUCUCUGCUUCCCUUAAAGAGCUGUCUAACGGGUGCUUGUCGUACAUUUAAAGGCAAACGCCAAACCUCCUUUUUCACUUUCUUCUUUUGCCGUAGAUGCCCAGAUAAGUGAGGUGGCUAAAAUGCUGUACCAGCAGGGUCUCACAGAGUUGAUUCACAGCAGUGCCAGUGAACAGGUGGCCUAUCUUCUGGUGGAGAGAGCUUCCUUACUUGAGACGACUGAAGUCCCAGACCACCUAAAGGGUCACGGUAGUAGAGGAGUGCUUGAAGUCCAAGCCGAGCAGAAGAGCACAUACCAGGUUUAAGACACACAUACACACUGACACCCAGUGUAUCUAAACACUAAGAGUAUGCUUUUAUGCUUCUUAAAUAAUACCAUGAUGUUUUCAUAUUACCAUAUUUUAAAGUUGACUCACUGCUCUGAUUUUGUAACAUGUUACUCCACAGUCUCUCCACAAGGGGGCGCCACGUCAUCACCAAAACCCAUGGAAGAGACUUUUUGGGCUGCACAAAGCUUCUCAGGGCAGAAAUACCUUUAUUCCGGUAUGCCCCUUUUCCCUUCAGUAACACACUUGCAUCCACUUUUAACAAACACUAAAAUUUGCACUCAGGUCAGUCAAGCUGCAUGUGUAAGUAUGAAGGUCGUUCAGCAUGUGAUCAGCACUCUAGUCAUGCAGCAUCCACAAUAAUCACAACCUUUUUCUUUUUCUUCCAGUGUUUCUAAGCACUUUUUCCUGCACGAGAUAGGGAGCUUUGCAUGGUAGAGGAAAUUCAAGAUACUAUGACUUGAAUAUCUCGAUCGAGAUCACUUCUCAAGGUCUCACACGUUCUUACUUGCAAAUAUAAAAAGGAUUUGGAAAGAAAUCACUGAAACCUUGGCUGUUCAGCUUAUUCCAUAUCCCUUCUCUCUACAGGCUGAGGCCAAGCAUUUGGCAAGCCAGGCAAGCAGUGUACAGAAGGAGUGUUCCCGUCUAGAGCGUGACCUGGAGGAAGGCUCACGUCGGCUGGCCAUGGCCCACAAUGAGAUCAGGCGUUUGACUGAUGAGCUGGAGUCUUCUCAUUUGACUCAGAGAGCUUAUGGUGAGAGGUAGAAAUCAGCUUCCUGAAGGAUAUUGCAUUACUGGUUUUAUUCAUCAAUAAUUCUAGCCACGUGCGCCAAAAAAAAAGACACACCUAAAACCUUUGGAGGUCAUUUUAAAAAAAAGGGAUGUCAUAAAUUCCUUGCCCUCAGAAGCUUAUUUUCAUACAAUGUCCAAAACAACUGUGAGCUGAACUGAUGUCUCAGCCAUCUUUCACUGAAGUAAAACUCUUCCAGUCACCUCGUGAAAAGCAUUGUGGAAAAACAAGUGCAAAUGUGUUUUUGUUUGUAGAGCCUGAGCUGCAGGCAGCACAGCAGGAGGUAGAGCAACUCAGACAGGAAGUGGAAAAACUAAAGAAAUACGGUAAGAUUUCAUCUGGAUAUGGUAUGCAAGCUUUUUUAAACUAUUUGUGUAUAAAAUAUGCUGUUGAGUUUGUCUCGCAAACGCAUGGAUAAGAAUCUGCAAUUUUGUACCAACACUGCCUUACUUCAAGUUGAUGAGUUUACUCACUAAACCUGCUCAGGGGUUAGAUAUAAUCUCAGCAUGCAGUGGAUCAGAAGUCUGUGACACUCAUGAACAAACAUAUUCAAACUGAUCAUGCCUCACAGCAUUUAUAAUCCACUAGAUAUCAUCUUGAUGAAAUUUAUAACACUAACUCUGAAAAUUGUUUGUAUAUUCAGAAUACAUCAUGUUGGAAUACUCUAUUGUUAACCAGCACUUUAAAGAUGUAGUGUGAUAACUCUAGGGUCUGAAAGUGCAUUAUCCGACUGUUUUUCACUAGAGCUGGUAGAACUGCGAAAGACCAAGGAGCUAAAUGAUCGUCUGGAUCUGGAGAUCAGAGCCCUGAGGAACAGGGUGCGCUCCCUGGAUGCUGAGAAAAACAUUCAGCAGCAGACGGUGAGAUACCUGCAAGCACAUGAUGGGAGCUCCAGCCACUCAAACGACCAAGCAAGACAAGUGUCCUGCUACGACCGACCGGUGACGAUCAGUCACUACAGAGAGAGAGGCUCACACACCGAGGAUCCUUCACAAUGUUACACACGCGCGCACACACAGAGCAGCGAUCUGAUGUAAACAUCGGUAUUAACUGUAUAAAAAUAGUAGGCUAAUUUGUUGACACUUGCCAUGCCGUGCUGCAGCUUCUUGAUGAGGUUUGGCUGUAAAUUGGUCUAUGCCAUGUUCUCUUAUUCCUGCAUAUCAAAUUAUGAGGCAGCCUCUUCAGCUGAAUUUCAUACCACCCCUGCUCUUAUCAGACCCUGACUGGUUAGUGACUUUAUGAAGGAUACGGUUUUCAAGGAGAGCACUCGCUGAACUUUUCAUUUCUAACCACAGUUGCAGCUAGAUGCAUCGUCCUCUCUUUCUCUCAAGUUCUAGCUCUUGUUUAAGUAGCAUUAUUUGCAUUAAAAAAAUGAGUGGUGUUAUUGCCACAGUGGUGUACAGAGCAACUAUUAUAAAUGUUUAUUUCAGUUAAUAAGUAACACGAAGUGAAAUGACGAGUAAUUCCGAGUAUGAAUCAUACAGCUCCUCUGUAUUCAUACAGAAAAGUGUGUGUGUUCCCAGGCUCUGAUGAUUUGUGCAGCUAUAAUCUUUCACCCUGCAAAUACUCAGUCAUUUUUGCAUGUCUCUUGUGGUUGUGAAUUCUGGGUAUCUGUUUGACACCUAGGAAAGGUUUCACUAACCUCAUGUCUGGGGCCGGAUGUGUAAAAUGUUGCUCUGACUCUCAUGGAGAGCAGAGGCUGUUCUUCUCUGGCAGCCAGUGCUUUUAAAGGCCUGACGUGGUGCUGAAAAUGAUGGAAAAUACACAAGUAGUAUCAUUUUGUGAUGGUCCCAAUAGAGAACACUAGAAUACAAGUAAUGAAGUGUUGGAAGCUCGAAAACGGAGAGGGGAUCCCCCUAAAACUAGUAAAAUUUUUUGUUCCACCUCUAUCCCAUUCUGAACUGAAAAAACUGUGUCACUUUUACGGAUCUGAUUCUGGCACUGAGUCCUUGGUCUUAAAACCUCUGGAAAAAGAGCAUAAACUUCACUGGUGGACUCUUAAGAAAGCAUCUCGUCCGUUAUGAUUGUGACCCCUUUCAUCUGAACACAUUUGAUGUGGUUUCCGCUGUGUUCUGUGUAACUGCAUCCUCUGUACGAGCUAAAGGCCUCAAAGAUUUCCUGUUAAUAAAUCUUAAAGAAGAAAAAUAGUCACAACAUGAGCUUCUUGUAUGUUUGCUACAGGUUGUCUCUCUUCAGAGGGAGGUGGAGAGGUUGCAGUCAGACUUGAAGGGGCAACAGCAGCUCCUCACUGUGCAUACUGAAGACAACCAGGACUCAGAGCUGACCAAAGUAAACCAUUUUCCUCAAACUCAGUUAAUAGGAGUUAAUAAAGAUUAUGUUUAAAAGCCAUUGCAAGUGAUCUGAUCUAGCAAAAGAUUGAACAUACAAAGAGUCCUCUCUGUGUAGGUCCAGGGUGAUGAGUCAAACUACAUGAAUCCAAUGAAUUAGAUCCCUGAGCUUCGAUUGUGACGCAGGAAAAGUUUAACCACCAGGAUUUCUGUUUGUUUCCUUUUAGUCACAAGCAGCAGAGCUGGUGCUGGUUAACCAGACUUGCGUGAAUUUACAGAAGGAACUUGAUGCUCGAACAGCAUGCCUUAUGGAAAAGGAGGAAACUGUAAGUACAUAAAGCAUGAGUUGGCAUGGCUGAUAACAUAAAACAACAUUCUCUUAACUCGAUUUAUUCUCUCACUAAUAAGUCAACUAUUAAAUUUGAAGUGGAUUAUUAAUAUGGUCACCGCUCUUAAAACAGACAUUUGAUAACCUUGUGCCACCUGUCCGUAUUUUGUGUUUGUCAGGUCACGUAUCUGCAGAAGAAUGUGAAGAAGCUGCAGUCAGCCCUGCAGGAGCAGCAAUGGCAGGCAGAGCAAAAACUCCUCACUGCACAGGCUCAGGCCAGUCAAGUUAAUGAGUUAGUCCAGGUAAGUUUCCCUGAACUUCACCUUGAGGAGAUUACACAUGAAGCUCACAACUUUUGCAUCUGUAUGGGUCACUCUUUUUAAGAAAUUUGGUUUUUGAAGAAUUGUAUUCUUUUCAAACUCAUCUGUUUUGGUGAACUCUAUAUUCGAAAUAAAAAGAUGUGGUAAAUUUUAGUCGUAUUAUGUCUCCAGUCCCAGACGAUUGAAUUGAAUCAGAGCAAAGAGAUCUGCAAAAGUUUACAAAAUAAUCUCAGUGCUCAGUCAAGAUGCCUUUUGGAAAAGGAGUCAGAGGUAAGUGAUUUAACAAUUUUCUGACAACUGCAUCCAAUUUAAAUUCAUUAGUAAAUACUCUUAGCUGUCAACGGCCUCUGUUCCUAUUGAAUUUAAAAUUUUUCUAACCCCUCUAGAUACAUACUCUCAAGCAGCAACUGGAUGAUUCCCACAUAAAAAUGGACAACAUUAUAGCUACCGUUUGCCAAAAAACAAAAUAUCUUGAAGAUAAAAGGUACAGUUUUAUUUAGCUUCUAUUUUUUCAUGCAUGCAAACUCUUGGUGUUGCAAUUCUAUAUCUGUAUGUGAAAGAUUCACAGUAUGUCCUCAUGUGUGCUCAAAGUCUGGAGACCCCAAAAGAGGCAGAUACAUGUGAUAAUGAAAACAACUUGGAGAACUCGUUUGUAACAGAAGAUUCACUGGCACAAAUACCACAGCUGGUACACAAAGAAAAUAAAACACCCAUGGUAAAUGAUAAUUUUUGGAUAUAAACAUUUGUCAGGUCUAUCUCAGAUGACACGUUUGAACUCAUUAAACUGUUGAUGGUGCGUCCCUGUGAAAACAGGACUUUCCUGAAUUUAGAGAGGCAGUGACGAAUCUGAUGGCUACUCAAGAAGAGUGUGAGAGGCUUAAGAAGGAAAUCUGUGAACUCCUUGAAUGUCUUGACAAAGAGAGAAGGUAAGAGGGUCCGUUUGUUUCUUGACCGUAGACUGUAAAUACCAUGGACAACUUGGUUUCGCCUUCUGUUGUUAGAAGAAUUUGAAGCCGAAUUGCUUUCGGUAUUUCCGGGAUUUCUGGAACCAUCACUUGUAUGCACUCCACCACUAGUGCAGUAGCAUUGUAUGCAUUCGGCUGGAGAGUCGCUGUGAUGACGCUCGGCUUAAACAGUGUUUCCCUCGGGUGAGCUACACAAUCUUUGUGUGCCCAUAGGCUGUAUCACAUGUCAAUCAUAGAAAAUAUGAACCCCCAAGUAACUUUUAAAAAUGGAGGACUUGAGGACAAACCAGACUUAAAGUAACAACAUGUCAAUAUUGCAAGCAGGGGGGGAAAAUAAUUAUAUUCUGUGUAAUAAAUUUGUAAAGUUUGUCCACAGCUCCAUAGGGAUUGCUGGAGGAGGCGAGAUUUAUGACCUAUACUGCAGCCUGUCAUCAGGGGGUGCUGUUCUCGUGGUGGCUUCACCCAGCGAGGAGGCAGAUGGCGUCCAUUCUUUAUACAGUCUAUGUUCUUGACACUGAUGCACACUUUAACUCUAAAACUUGAUGUGAGCUAUAAAAAAGAAUGAUUAGAUUUGUUAGAUGUUUUGCCCACAAGAGGCCCAACAGUUCGUUCUGACAUUUUAGAGCCACGCCUCUCAAUGCAAGCUCCCGCUGCCCAUCAUAUCCCCUGUAGGACCUCCCUAUGUUACAACCCAACAACAUUAACAGAUUCAGUUGAAGUAUGCUGCGUACAUGCUGGCUCUAGGUAGUAACAAUGCUGAUACCACUUACUAUACAACAUGGCCCCUACAACUCAAACCUGUUCAAGGAAAGGGUCUGUAGCGAGAUCUUCAGUUGGACAGGGAGGGCAAGGACAGAACAAGAGGCCUGGCUGGGCUAGCAAACACUUUUUAUGAGGACUUUGAAAACUAUAAAUCAGCAUUUUAUAUUUCUGUGUGUUAUUUUCUUCAAUAUUUUCACAGUAAAUACCAUGAGAUGAAGGAAAAACACAAGAACAAACUUCUCCGAGCCAAACAGAAACUUGAUGAUGAGACCACCUGGCGCGAUGAGAAGAUCAAAAGCCAAGAGCGUGAGCUGUCUUUGUGCUCCCAUUCACUGGCAAAGGUGAAUAUGCAGCUUCAUACCACUCUACACCAAAGACGAAAGGAUGUCUUCUGUGUUUUCAAGUGGCUCAUGGGCAGUGUAAAAUCCUUGUCCCACAGAUGGAUUGUUAAAUGUUAAAUAAGGAAAUUAAUUAGUCUUUGUUUUCCAGGAAAAAGAGCUCACCAUUAGUAUAACUAUGGAAAAUGACAAAUUACUCCUUGAGAGGAGAAGACUACUACAGCAGCUGAAUGAGGAGGAGCACAACAAGAAGGACUGUCAUCUAACAGCGUCUUUGUCCAAAUGCAGGUACUGGACAUUUAUAAUGAUUUAUAAUGAUCAGAUUUUCCUCAAAGUUUUCUAUUAAGUACCCGCUCACUUACACUGAGAGGGCAUUUUUCUCUUUUCAGGGUAGACUUUUUAGAGAUCGAGAACAGGAAACUGGGAAACAAAUUACUCCACAUGUCCAGCCAGCUCGCCAUCUUGGAGCGCCGCUCACAAAACACGCAGGCUCUCCACCUAACUGAGGUAUCGCGUAAAGCUAAAUCUGACACAUCCGUACUUUGGCAUUAGCACACUGUAACACACAGACCCACUUGCAAUAUGCUUGUAUGAUAAUGUAGAAAAUUACAUUCACUCUCAUGGCUAAGAUGAGCCACAGAAAUGGCUUCGAUGUCUAAAAUCUGGGGUACUGGUUUAGCUCAGCUGUCAAAUCAUGGCCAUAGACAUUUCUCCGCCCACCAUCCUCUUCACUCAAUACAGGAAUAACCCCCACCCAAAUAAACCGAUGAAUAAAGACUUAAAAACAACAACAACAAAAAAAAACCUAAUGAUUAGAUAAAUAUAUUGGUAAUCCAACUUAAAAGUUCCCCUGACCCUGAUGAGUUUUUGAGCAAACGUUGGGGCUAAUGAUGUAAUUUCAUUGUGUUCUUAUGUAUCUUUCUUAAUUGGCACACACACACACACACACACACACACACACACACAUAUAUAUAUAUAUAUAUAUAUAUAUAUAUAUGUGUGUGUGUGUGUGUGUGUGCGUGUGUGUGUGUGUGUGUGUGUUAAAUGUAUAAUAUUGAUAACUGUAAUCAUUGUUGUCAUAGUUAUUUUAUAAGAAUGAGUGUUUGACCAACAAAAAUUGUGACCCAACCGGUUGACUACAGCCAUAGUUUAAUCAGAUGCACAAAAAUUCAAACCAUCUCUCUUUUUUUAUCAGGAGCUCAUAAAAACAUCCAGUCCAGUGCAAGAUUUUAAAUGUCUUCAUGUGCAUCCUCAGAGGUAGGUUGGAUACCAAUAAAGCCCUUAAGCAAAACCUUUUUUUUUACCUUCUUCUUAAAUCAUGACUACAUGUUUGUCCACUUUGAUUGCAGCCCUAAUGAGAUGAAGUCUGAGCCAUCUAAAAGUCAGGGCUUGUAUGAAAGCGCUCAAUCCAAGCAGUCUGAUGCAACGUCACCUCCUCUGCAGUGUUUCCUCUCUCGGUCUCUGUCUCGAUCGGCUGAGAUGGGUUACCUGAAUCUGACUUCAGCUCAGAGCCGAUCGGACCUCUCCGCCUCUUUGGCUGGCUUUAGCAGCUCAAAUAGUACAUUUUCCUGAGAUCUUUUUUUGUUAUCCAUUCUAUAUUUAAACUUUACAGACACUGUUUUAUUUGUAAGUAAAUAAAUUAAUUAAACACCA